AUGGCUCUCUUCACAGGGAUUGUGCAGGGGCAGGGGAAUGUGGUGAAGGUGCACCAGCUGGAGGACUUCAGGAGCAUCAGCAUCCAGUUCCCCAGCGGCAGCAUGGGCGGCAUCCAGAUUGGCGCCAGUGUUGCCAUAAACGGCACCUGCCUCACAGUGACAGAGAUCGAUGGGGACAGGCUCAAGUUCGACAUCAUAGUGGAGACGUUGAGGGCGACCAAUCUGGGCGCGCUGGAUCUGGGCAGCCGCGUCAACUUUGAGCGAUCGGCGCGCGUCGGCGACGAGAUCGGCGGCCACAAUGUGUCGGGGCACGUGUGCGCGACGGCGGAGGUUGCCGCCAUAGAGGACUCGGAGAACAACCGGCGCAUCACCUUCAAGGUGCCUCAGCAGUUCAUGAAGUACGUACUUCCAAAGGGUUUCAUUGCAGUGGAUGGCAUCAGCUUGACAGUAGGGGAGGUGGGCAAAGACUGGUUCACAGUCUACCUCAUACCAGAGACCCUCAGGAUAACAACCCUGGGAGCGCGUGUUGUGGGGGAUGCGGUAAAUCUGGAGGUUGAGGCGCAGACACAGGCAAUUGUGGACACUGUGGAGAAUGUGGUUGCUCGAUACAUGUCCCAGAUGCAACUGUCAACAGCGUCAUGA